AUGGAAGUCGUCGUGCCCGCUACCCACCGUGCCUUGGGCAAGAAUAUCACCGAGGAAGUCGCAUACAACAACCUGCGCUGGGAAGAAGCCUUGGAAGAACUGGUUGAUGACGUCUGGGCCGUUCUCAUGCAGAGAAAUACGGGAGGGUCACCACGAUGCGCCGAUUAUUUGUGUAAGGACGCGCAUGCCAAUGAAUUAAGUGUUCGUUCUCCGACGCUCCCAUGGUACACCCAGCCGCCGCCUUCCUACGAAGAUGCUGCGAGCGAUCUCCCGCCAGAAUACCCUGCGCUGCCUCUGCUCGCGAAACAAAAGACGCCGGCGUCGUCUGCUGCGCCCCCAGCCCCCGCUACGAAACCGCGAGGGAACGUCGACGGAAACGGCGGCGACGCGGGUGGUGGAGAUGGAGGUGGAGAUGGAGGUGGUGAUGGAGGUGGUGAUGGCGGUGGCGACGAUGGUGGUGGUGAUGACUGGAAUGCCUGGGGGACCGUUCCUGGAAGCAAGAAAAAGAACAAAAAGAAGGAGGAAGAAGAAGAGGAGGAGCGCAAAGCCGCCGAGGCGGCUGCUAACAAUCUCAGCUGGGCUGAUGACGUUGACAAUGGCGGCGGUGAUGAUGGGUGGGCCGGCUUCGCCACAGUAGGCAAGGACAAGAAGAAGAAAGGAAAGGAAGAGGCACCCCCGGGAGGGUUCCAGGAUGUGAGUCUGGACGGCGGAGCUCCACAGCUGGAUUUGAAUUUCGACACAGGUCCCAAAACCGGAGGAACUGGCUUCAGCUUCGGUGGAUGGGGCAAAGACUGGAGUACCGGAGGGAAUCCUGCUGCCAACAAAUGGGAUCUUGGCGCAGUCGGUGAUUCGGGCCAGAAAGCAGAACCGAAAGAUACCAAUCCGUGGGGACCACCCUCCACGAAGAAGAAAUCGACCAAGACUAGCGGGUUCGACUUUGGCGAUUUGGGAUCUCCUCCGGCGGAAACUCCUAAGGCAGGCGACGACUGGGGCAGCUGGGAUGUCGCAAGCAAGGACAAGAAGAAAAAGAAGGGCUUGCUUGACCCUGAACCUGAGCCCGAACCCCAACCCGAGCCUUCUGCCGAGCUUGCUGCAGAACCUUUGCCUGAACUGGACCUCGAGCCCGAGCCUGAAAUUCCAGGACCUAUAACUGAGGAAGCCUGGUUUAUUGGCUUGUCGAAGAAAGAACAGCGGAAGGCUAAGAAGGAAUGGGAGAAAAAGGUCAAAGACGCAGAGGAGGAGGCUCAGAAAGUGCGGGAGGCAAACGAAGCUAAACAGGCCGCCUACGACGAUGCAAUGAAAGCCAGGCAAGAAGCGGAAGCUCCGAAAGCGCCAGAUCCCCCGGCCGCCGAACCUGAGCCCGAUCAUGACUGGGGCUGGAAUGUUCCCUCCAAGAAGGACAAGAAGAAGAAAAAGGUUGAUCUUCUAGCAGAUCCUGAGCCUGUACCAGUACCUGCACCGGAUCCUCCUCCACAUGAAGACUGGACGGGCAGCUGGGGCACUGCCGGCAAAAAAGAUAAGAAAUCUAAAGAGGCAGAGCCAGUUGUUGAGGUACCUGCACCAGAGCCUGUCAAGGCCAAGGAGCCCGAAGAUACCUGGAGUGCUUGGGGCGUCUCCUCUAAGGACAAGAAGAAGAAAAAGAGCAAAGUCGAGCCUGAGCCUGCACCUGCACCUGAACCCGAGCCAAAGCCAGAGCCAGAGCCAGAACCAGAGCCUGAACCUGAACCCAAACCCGAACCCGAACCUGAGCCGGAGCCACAGCCAGCGCCUCCGGUGCAUGACGAUCCACUGUACGAGGGCUGGCAUGGUCUUUCGUCCAAAGAUCGGAAGAGACGUGAGAAGAAGCUAAUGCAGAAAGGACUUCCCAUUCCUGGGAAGGACUUCGAGCUUCCCUCUGAUAAGCCACCCGAGCCGGAACCUGAGCCUCCUGCUGAACCCGAACCCGAACCUGAGCCCGAGCCCGAGCCUAUACCUGAACCCGAGCCUGAGCCUCCAAAGCCAGCAGAGGAUGACUCGUGGGGAGUCUGGGGCACGACCAAGGAUAAGAAGAAAAAGAAGAAGGGUGUUGAAGAGCCGCCUCCACCUGCACCUACACCGCCUGCCCAGGGUCUCACUCCUGAACCCGAGGCCCACGACAACGUCGAUGAUAUCUGGGCAGAUCUGGCUCCCAAGUCUAAAAGUACCAAGAAGACCAAGGCUAUCGAGCCACUGAAGGAAGAGAAACCGGCCGCUAAGGGUUUCUGGGCAUCUUUGACUGGAGGGGCAGCCGCCAAACCCAAGUCAACCAAGGAUAAGUCUAGACUCAAGGAAAAGGACGAGCACCCUACGGAGCAGGAUGAUCUUCUUAUCGAUAUUGGAGACGAUCCUCUACAGGAGCCGGAGCCGGAGCCCGUGCCAGAGCCAGAGCCAGCGCCAGAACCAGAACCCGUCCAAGAAGAACCUCCACCAGAAAAGUCAUCGAAGGCUAAAGCCACAGCUAAGCUCUCUGUCGCUGAGCGCAUCAAGGCACUCGAGCAGAACAAGAAGGACAAAGCGAGAGAGGCGAAACUAAGUUCCAAGUCGAAGACGAAGGAGAUUGAGCCAGAGCCAGAACCACAACCUGAACCCGAGGUGGUACCUGAGCCCGAGCCUCUAGUGGAAGAGCUGCCGAAAAAGAGCUCUAAAUCGAAGAGUAAGGAGAAGAGCUCUUCAAAUAAAAAGGAACCUAUCCCCGAGCCUGAAGAGGAAAAACAGAUCUCCAGAGACUCUGUUCCAGGCAGCUUCCCUGAUGAGCCCACUGAGGUGCCGGCUGAACCUGAGCCCGAGCCCGAACCCGAGCCCGGACCUCCAGCUCCUGAUCUUUCUAAGAUGUCUAAGAAGGAACUGAAGAAGUACAAAAAGGCUGCAGUCGCAGCUGCUGUUACCAAGGAACUUACCCCUCCCCCUGCCGAAGAGCCUGCUGCCCCAGAGCCCGAGCCCGAGCCGGAACCAUUGGACGAAGACGCGCCUCCGACACCACCACCAGAAGCCGAAGAGCCUCCGAAGUCGUCCAGAAAAGACCGCCCGCGCGUGGACCGCACAGCCAGCGGUGGCGGCUGGGGCUUCUGGGGCGCAGCAGCACCACCCCCCCAAGAAGUCCAGCAAGAAGGAGAGCAAGGAAAGUCCUCGUCUGACAGGGAAAAGCGUCGAGAGCGUGAACGCGAGGCCCGUCCCUCAAAGCAGCAGCGUGCGACCCCCUUGUCCAACUUCGUAUUUGGUCAGCCCCCGCCACGAAGCAAGCCAUCCCGGAAGCCGGAGUCGUCGUCUAAAAGACCCUCCUCCAAGCCGGUAUCCAGGCGCGCUUCCAUUGACUUGGAUGGUGAAGCUGUCAUGCUGUCGCUGCCUUCCGAUGAAAAGCCCGAGGUGGCUGAUAAGGCAGCUAGGCUGAUGGGCAUCAACGCGUCCAAAUCGAAACGGGACAGACCCCGUGCCGAUCGCCGGAAGUCAGCUCCCCGCGAUCCUUACGCGAUCGAUGAUGAUGAUUUGGUCUUGGUCGAUAUGGAAGACGCUGAUGGCCAGUCGCCCAAGGAGGGAUCGAGAGGGUCAAAGCGCAAGUCGAAGAGAGAGUCUCGCCCGAAACCUGAUGAUGACGACGCUGUCAUGGUCGAUGCUGAUCACGCUCGUGGUGCUCCAGACAUUGUAUCAGGACCCGAUGACGCGGCCUUGGUUGAUGCCCCUCAACGAGAACGGCGGCUGAAGCGGUCCAACACUGCACCCAAGAGGCAAGAAACCAGUGGGUUCAUGGGAAUCUUUGGCUCGCUGCGAAAGAACACGCGACCGGAGUUGCCAGACCGUCGAAAAUCUCGCUCUUACCGUGAUGAAGAGGUCAAGCACCUCACUGAGCCAGAGCGCGAGGAUCGCCGAGCACGACGCGAUGACCGACCUCGCCGAUCUGUCAGGCCCGAUACCGAUGCUGAAGGUUUCAUGACUGACGCUGCCGGCGCUGCGGCCGGUGGUGAAACCGAACCCGAAGACGCAGAGGCCCGGCGAGCAGCUCGGCGGGCAAAGCGCUCCUCUCGACAGGCCCCCUCUGAUACCCGGGAGGUAGAAGCUCGCGAAGCCGAGGAGCGACGUGCUAAACGCAAAGAAAAGCUGCGAGAGCUCGAAGCCCGCGAGCAACGAGCCCGCGAAGUGGAAGAGCAGCGUCGAGAGGAAGAAAGACGAGUCCGCCGAGCCGCACGCGAAGAGCGCCGAGCCCGCGAGGAACAAGCUGCACGCGAAGCCGCAGCAGCUGAAGAAGCGAAAGCCGCCGAGCGCCGCGAGCGCCGGCGCCAGCGCGAAGAAGAAAUGACAGCCAAAGCCAAACGCCGCCGCUCCCGCGUCGAAGAGCCUCCCGCCGACGGCUACACGCCCGAAGAACAGCUAGACAGCCGCCGCGGCUCCCGUACCGCCGACGAUGCAAAGGCUCGCCGGCGCCGAUCCAAGGCUAUGCCUGCACCGGAGCAGACGCGCGCGCCGUUGAUGGCCGGUGGCUUGAAUCAUGGGAACACAGGUGGGCCCAAAAAAGACAAGAUCUCCUCGUGGGUCUACUCACAAGCUGAAGAACCCCCUGAGCCCCCCCCAAUCGUCCCCACGGUCAUCGACGCGCCGCCGGCAGCCGAAAACGCGCACUCCCUCUCAUCGGACGAAGAAGCGCGCCGCGCCGUGCGCCGCAGAGCCCGCCGUCUAGCCAGGUAUGGUGAUAUGCCGGAAGAGGAGGUUGACGAUGUGCGCUCGCGUCGUCGUGAGUCUCGCCGUGAGGGCGUGAAGAGCAGCUCCGGAAGCGGCGACUACGAGCGUGAUCGAGGAAUGCGGUCUCAUCCUGGCAGUCGGCACGGCGGGGCACCGGCGCCGCCAGGCUCUGGCGCCAAAAAGUCGAGUUGGCUAAAGAAGCUGACGAGUUUCUAG